GGAGAAUAAUAACAAGGCGGCAGGCAUGGACCAGCGCUCGCUCUCUCUCUCGCGCACGACGAAACCGCCCGCGGCGAGCCGUUCGUCGCGUACGGAGAGGAGAACGUUUCCGCUGUGUUUUCUCUCGGCGUGCUCGCGCGCGACCAGCCGCUUUUGCGUCUGCUGUGUGACACGGAUGCUGCGAAAUAUGGCGCCGCGGCAAGAAACGUGCACGUAAUCUCUCUCCCGUCGCUCCGUGCCUCCCGUGCCGCGCGACGGGGUUACACGCGACAUCCGUCGUCUGACGUGCUCCGACACGGACGUCCGCGCGGUCCCGCGCUCCCUGGGAGUUACGCUCAGUCGACAGAAUUCACUCGCGUCAUCCUCGAGAUUCGCCGUGGCUCGUUGGGAGCGGAGAGUAUCUCGAGUGUUUAUUGUUCCACCCGUAUUAUUUUUAGACCUGCUUAUGUAAAUGACGCAGUAACUGUCGGAUUGUUCGUCAUUGGCGGGAAGUUCGAAUCGUGUCUCGUCUACCCUACCGCGUUCGCGAAGCGAACACUACUGCUGUGAGGACUUUGCGGAUAAGAGAGGAAGGAACAUGUGCGAACGUUUGCAUUGUGCCUUGUUGUUCCUUUUCGUCGCUUCAGUGCGGAAUCAGUGGGAUGAUCAUGAAGUUUUUUCUCUCGUGUGAACUCGUGAAAGUGAACACUUCUAAGUGACUUUAAGUUAUAAAAUUUUCAUUUUUCAUGAGUUUAUUCCGGAGGAAAAGAUUCACAAUUGAAUCCCAGAAAUAACAUUCAAACAUUAUUUCAAAACUGUUUUUACAUAUGCUGGAUUGUUUGUCUGACUUAAAAAAUGGAAUAGUAUAAACUCAUGAACAGUGAAAAGUCUCAUUGGAUUUAUAAAAAGAUUCAUUGAAUUCAUCACUGAAAUUCCAUUUUUCAACAAGUAAAAAGUUACUAAUAAAAAGCUCGCGAGGUAGCCGGGCUAUGGAAAGUAUGGUUGAGGAAAAUGGGUCAGCAGUCGAUCCAUUAUCCCAGAGUUCCCAAAGCGGCGAUGCUGCACCAGCAAUUGCUACAUCGGUACAAUCUCUCGAUAGAACGCAUCAGCAGCAAACUCACCACCUGGUAGCUUCUACCAGCAUUGUGCAACUGACACUACCUUCGUCAGGAACAACACAGGUACAAUCGGUCAUACAACCCAAUCAGCAGUCUGUAAUACAAACCGCUACAAACAUACAACCUGUUGCUAUCUCUAAAGGAAAUGUUAUUCUGGUUAGCAAACCUAAUUCCGUUAUACAAACUGCGCAAGGCAAUUUACAAACUCUACAGGUGGUAGAAACCGGUAGUGAUGAUAGCUUCUCAGACGACGAAUCGCCUAAGAAGAGAAGAGACAUCCUUACUAGAAGACCAUCCUACAGAAAGAUUCUCAACGACUUAGGCGGUGGGGAAAUUACAGACGGUCGUUUGCCCCCCUUAGAAUCAUCUUCCGAGUGUGAUUCUAACGUGGACAGUGAAGUGUCUUCUCAUUCGCUCCAUUACCAAACAGUCAUUCCCGCCGGUACCAUUCAAAUUGCGACCCAAGGGGAGGGAGUCCCGGGGCUUCACACAUUAACUAUGAGCAAUGCGGCGACACCGGGUGGAGCUAUAGUGCAGUAUGCACAGGGCCAGGACACACAAUUUUUCGUGCCAGCUUAUACAGGUCAUGGGGUUGUAGUGGAGGAUGCGGCGCGGAAGAGAGAAAUGAGGUUGCUCAAGAACAGGGAAGCGGCCCGUGAAUGUAGAAGAAAGAAGAAGGAAUAUAUAAAGUGCUUAGAAAAUCGUGUUGCCGUCUUGGAAAACAGGAACCAGACGCUAAUCGACGAAUUGAAAUCGUUAAAGGAACUGUAUCAGCAGAAAGCCGACUGAGAUUGGUGCUUAAUAUCUGCGACAAAACAGUGUAUCAAAACUAUUAUCCAGUCGAUAAACCUGUACAUGUCUUGUUUGUGUACAUUAUCCUGAAUGUUGCUAUAGGGGUAAGCGAUGGUGAUGUACAUGCAUUCUUAUAGAUAAGCGUUUCUCUGUAAUAUACUGUAUUUAAGUAACGAAUACGAAGGCUUGUGAAACGUGCUGUUACUAAAGCGGGAAGCCAAAGGUAUAUGAGACACGGAGGCAACAAACACGUAGGCAAUAUUUGGGAAUAUCAGUCUAUAUUUUGGAUAAAUAUAGCAAUUAGCGCAUACGUGGUGCAGUAUAUUGUAGAGUUAUCUGGAUACUACAUUAGAGUAUAUAGUUUUAUGUUGCCGAUUCUGCUUUUUUCAGUGUUUUAUUUUACAUUAAUAGUACUUGAUAGUACUCUCAUUGAUAGUACUUUAUAAUAAAAUUUACUUAAUAGAAUCAAACACGAUUGAUUAUCGUUAAAAAUGAUACUUUAUUAUAAUAAGUAAAGGAUCCCUGGAAAAAAGAAAGAGAAAAAUAAUUAUUAUGAAGGAAUAGCGCUUUUUUAUCGGGAAAUAAAGACUUAAUUUAAGACUACUGUUGUGUCCAAAUAUUUCUGCAAUAUAUUAUGCAUAAUUCGAAAAUUUGCGUAAUUCGACCUCAUAACCUCGAACAUUUAGAUCGCAUUAAUUAACUUAACUAACAUGUAAUAUCGUGUUUGUUUAGCGUCACCGUCUGCCAUUAAUAUGUAUUUCGUUGCAAAAGUAACGAGAUCAUAAUAUGUUAACUACGAAAUUCGAUCGUGAACGAAGAUUUUUAAGAAGAAAACUAUUUGAAAUCUGUAUUUUCAAAAUGAUGAAAAUCAUGUUAAAAAACUAAUAAGUUAAUAAGCUUUUAGAUAGGGUUUCAAUAUUUUUCGGGUCUGACACUAACCGGAUAUUAUUCGGAUAGCAAGUAAAUAUGACGCUUCAAGUUCGGAUUUUAAUAUUCGAGCGUAAUUGAAGCAUCGAAUCCGAAUUUGGGCACCUAUUGUAGAUACGAUGACGAUACGAAUAAUUUGUUCAAAGACGAUGUGGAUAAUGAUAGUGACAAAGCUAGCAACAGUGGUGAUCAAGAUCACUACAGUAGAAAUCUAAACAUAUUCAGUAAAUAAAUAAACAAUGAUUUUGAUACGUCCUGCGCCCCGCCGCAAGGACUUGAUUCAAACAUAAAAUUUGCGUAUAUCGAUAUUUACAUACAUCAAUGAAUGUUUAAUCCAUAAUACGUGCUCAGAUCUCUAUUUUGGACCCGAAUCUCUUCUUAUAGUCUGAACUUGAAUUCGGACAGUACGGCUUUAAGUUUUCGAAUUAAAAUCAAUCUCAGAUAAUCAGAUAAAUAUUCGAAUACUUGUUGGAAGCCCUAUUUUAGAUAUAAUUUUCACCUUUUUUAAAGAUAAAUCCAAGUUUUUGGAAAUCUUCAUAAAAUUUAUCAUUACAUUAGUAAUUAUGUAUGCUCGCCUGAAAUAAUUGAAGGGUUAAAGCCUCAGACACAAGACUACAUGCAAUUUGAAUCAUAUAAAAUGUGUGCCACGGAUAAUCUUGAAUUAAAUAAAAGUAUAUUUCUCAGAAUAUGGACAGAUGUGGCACGUAUAGCUGAAAAGAAUUGCAAGUAGUAACAGACAUGUCUGCAUCAGUAGAUAAGUACUGAAGCAAUAGGCAAUUGUAUUUCUAUCAAUCGCAACUAGAAGCAAUUGGAAGUAUAUUUGUGUUUUAUAGAAAUCAGCCUCGUUACUUUUGUGACAGACAGUGUAUGUCUUGAUUUCAUAAAAAAAAAAAAAAAAAAAAUGGAAAGUAUGCAAUGCAACGCGUCUCUGACGAAGUAAUUCGCUUUUGAAUAGGCUCGCUUUGAAAUUCAAUAUUCUUCUAUAAGAAGAUCUUGACGUACGUAGAAAACUGUAAAGGUAGUUAUGUGAUGACGACAUUCGAACUGUAUAAGCCAAAAGAAAAAAAAAGAUGCAUCUUUCCCAUUUCAAUAAUGCCUGUAUCGCUUGUCCGUUUGCUGUAUAAAUGCGCGUAUCAGGUAUUAUUAUUGUCGCUUUUUGUAAAAUGAGUAAAAAUGAUCCUGUUUUGCGUCUCGUCAGAAUGCCUUGUUCAUUCAACGCUGGACAACACAACUUGUAAAAUAUUGAAUGUAAUAUAAAUCAGGAGUGCCUUGAAGAUUUCUGUACACUUGUGGUAUACGUAUACAUAUGUAUGGAUGCAAAAAAGAAAAAGAGAGAAGAAACGCGCAAACGUAUGCAUAUGUAUGUAUAUACGUAUGAUGGAAAUUAUGUGUAGGUAAAUAUGGGUAGAUAUACAUACAUACAUUACAUACAUACAUACACAUACAUGGAUAUAUAUAUAUAUAUAUAAAUAUAAUAUUUUUAAACUA